GUGGGGGGAAGGUGGUGUCGUGUUUUGUUUUGUUUUUAAAUCUAAACUAAAUAGGGGGGUUUAAAACUUUUUCUAAACUGAUAGUUUGUACGGAUGCGGUGCGAAGAGUCGUCUGAUUCUGAGUCGGGCAGGAUGGAGGAGAGCUCGGUCCGGAGGAGUCUGGAGACGCUGUGUCAGGAGCUGAAUAUGGACGAGCAGACCGCCGCUGAAGCCAUGGACAACUUCACAGCCAUCUGGAACACCUACACCCUGGAGGGAGAGGUGGUCCACUGGCUGGCCUGCUCACUGUACGCAGCCUGCAGAGAGGGCUCCACUCCCACAGUGGGUAAAGGGCUGAUGGAAGGAAACUGUGUCUCCCUCACCAGGAUCCUUCGAACUGCCAAACUCAGUCUGAUCCAGUUCUUCUCCAAGAUGAGGAAGUGGGCCGACAUGUCCAACCUCUCGCAGGACUUCAGGCUGCGGAUGGAGCGCCUGGAGCGCAACUUUGAGGUUUCCACGGUCAUUUUCCGCAAGUUUGAGCCCAUUUUCAUGGCCAUGUUUCAGAACCCGCAGGGGGGCGAGCCGCCGCGACAGCCACGCAGCAGGAAACACAGGCGACUGCCGUGUCACAUCAGCGAUGUGUUCAAGUUCUGCUGGACUCUGUUUGUCUACACUAAAGGUAACUUCCGUAUGAUCGGUGACGACCUGGUGAACUCGUACCACCUGCUGCUCUGCUGUCUGGACUUGGUGUUUGGCAACGUGCUGCUCUGCGUGAACAGGGAGGACCUGAUUAACCCCACGUUCAGAGGUCUGCCGGCUAUGUUUGGUGCUGACUGCCACGUUUCACCAGAUGAACCUCCUCCUUGUGUGCUGGAGAGGUUGUGUGAGCUGCAUGACGGUUUAGUGGUCGAGGCGAAAGGCAUCAAACAGCACUACUUCAAGCCCUACGUACAGAAACUGUUCCAGAAACAGAUCCUGAAAGGAAACAAGGAGCAUUUGACAGAACUGUUGGAUCCUCAGAACUUCAUUGAUAAUAAUAAAGCCAUAAACAGGGAGUACGAGGAGUACGUGCUGACGAUGGGAGAUUUCGAUGAGCGAGUUUUUCUGGGAGCUGACGCCGACGAGGAAAUCGGGACUCCGAGGAAAGUCAUUCAAGAACCGUCUGCCAGCCAGACCAGCGCUCAAAAGCAGCUGCAGCAGCAUGUGGAGAAGUCGGCUUGUCUCGCCCCCUCCACCCCUCUGACGGGUCGAGUUUACCUGAAGGAGAAGGACCUGCUGGUGACGCCGGUCUCCUCAGCCACGCAGAGUGUCAGCCGGCUGCAGAGCAUGGUGGCCGGCAUGAGGACGGCGCCCAGCGACCACCUGAUGCAGAUCCUAAAGUCAUGCUCCAGAGAUCCCACAGAGUCUGUACUGGGCAGAGUGAAGUUACUGGGACAAACCUUCAAAGAACAUUACACCAACGACUCAGAGGACAUGCCUGGCUCUCACAUAGACUUUGCAGAGAAUCGUCUAAAGCUGGCAGAAAUCCUCUACUACAAGAUCCUGGAGAACGUCUUGGUUCAGGAGACCAAACGGCUGCAUGGCAAAGACAUGAGUGUGUUGCUGGAGCAGGAUAUCUUCCACUGUUCCCUGAUGGCGUGUUGUCUGGAGGUGGUGUUGUUCUCCUACAGCUCCCAGAGAACCUUCCCCUGGAUCAUCAACAUCUUCAAACUGGCCCCCUUCUACUUCUUUAAGGUGAUCGAGGUGUUUAUCCGCUCAGAGGAAGGUCUGUCCAGAGACAUGGUGAAGCAUCUGAACCUGAUCGAGGAGCAGGUUCUGGAGAGCACAGCGUGGACUGCAGACUCAGCCCUGUGGAGCGCCCUGCAGGCUGCUGGGAACAAAGUCCCCACAGUGGAGGAGGUGAAUUUUUCCUCCAGUCUGGACACUGGUCCUGGUUCUGUUUCUACCCACGGGGCUCAAACCCACCUGCCUCUGGUCGCCCUCUCGCCCAUCAUCCACCCUCGUAUCAGGGAGUUCAGAUCCGGCCUGGGCAGUGCCCGUAAAGAUGUGCCUUCCUCUCCGUUGUCAGUCCAUGACCGAUAUAGCUCCCCAGCAGCUGGCAGCGCGAAGCGACGUCUCUUCGGCGACGACCCUCCAGCUCAGACGUCAGGAUCGAUCCCCAGUGUGAGCGUGAUGUCGUCGCCAGCCAAAAGGUUGACAUUUGGCGCGAGCAGCACCCUGAGGAUCGGAGCAGCACAGACCACUGUCCUCAGUAUACCGCUACAAGGUGUGAAUAACGAGCGUACAAUCACGCUGAUCCCGGUCCAGACGUGUGACUCCUCAGGUCCCAUUAACUCUCAGUUCCUGCUGACCACCUCCCCUAGCCGCCCUGCAGCAGCGCCCACAACCUCCGACCCCCAGAAAGCAAACGGACGGCCACGACGCACCGGAUCACUCGCCCUGUUCUUCAGGAAGGUGUAUCACCUGGCCAGUGUGCGUCUGAGGGAUCUGUGUGUGAAAUUGGACAUCUCAUCAGAUCUGCGAGGGAAAAUCUGGACGUGUUUCGAACACACUCUGGUCCAUUGUACCGGUCUUAUGCGGGACAGACACCUUGACCAGCUGCUGCUGUGCAGCGUCUACAUCAUUUCCAAAAUCACCAAAGAGACUCACACCUUCCAUGACAUCAUGAAGUGUUACCGCAGCCAACCACAGGCCAGCAGCCAUGUGUACCGCAGCGUCUUACUGCGCCACACCCCCAGAGAGCAGGUGACUGAUGAGAACAUGGAGGUGGAUCCUGUUUCAGGUGGUGAAUCUGCAGAGAAAAGCAAUCAGUCCUCCGGAGAACCAAACGCCAACCAAUCAGGAGAGGAGGAACGUGGCGACCUCAUCCAGUUCUACAACAACGUUUUUGUCCUGAAGUUGAAAAACUUUGCACUGCGAUACGCAAUCCAUGAUAACCGGGCGGACGCGCCUCCUCUGUCUCCAUUCCCGUCAUUUCGGGCUCAGCCGCUCUCUCCUCGUCGGGUUUCUCAGAGACAUUCGCUGUAUGUUUCCCCCCACAAGAACUCUGCAGGCUGCCUCACACCAAACUCCUACACCUACAGGAUCAACAGCAGCCCGUCCAAGGAGUUAUCCGACAUCAACCGGAUGAUCCGGCAGGGAAACGUGAGCAGGAAGAGGGCCUUCACCAUGGAGGGUGAUGUGGUGAUGUCGCUGUCCUGCGACUCUCCAAGUAAGAGGGUGUGCCCGGAGAAUGGCAGCAGCAGCCCGGACGUGCUGCUGAAGCGGCUGCAGGACGUUGUGUCGGAACGGCAGAGUCACUGACGCUCCCACAGAAACACAUAGAAGCAUUAAUGAAUUUCUCUCUUUAACAAGCUGAACGUUAGAGAUGAAACAAGACUUUUAGAGUUUUUUGUUUGUUUUUUCAUAAAACCUGAACUAAUGCCAUUUAAUUGUAUCAAAAUGAUUCUACUUCUAGUGUCAUCAACCCCAAAAGUUUGACUUUGAUAUAAUAAUAAUAAUAAUAAUAAUAAUAAUAAUAAUAAUAUUGAUAUUAUCUAAAAGACCAUAUUUUCAAUCUGUAGUUUUGUCAUGUAGCUCCUCAGCUGAACUGUUUUCAUCAUCUUCAGACAGUCUGGGAGAGAAGUCUUUUAUUAUGGUAACUUUUAUCCCACACAUGCAACAGGUCACACUCAUGUCAGUGCUACGCUGUUGCUGCAUUACAAAGAGUGCUUUUAUUUAAAAAUUGCUUAACAUUUGCUAGAUGGCAGCAAGUAUGUGUUUCUAUUUUUGUGUUGUUACUCUUUGAAGGAACAAAGCUCUCUUUUUUAUUUUACAGGGAAAAAAUGAAAAAUUACUGUUGGUUAAAAGAGAAAAGAAGUCAUGAAGUCUUUUCUCCUGUAAAAGUAGAGCAUGAAAUACUUCAGUUAUUGUGGAUCUUGUCAAGUGGCUAUUCAGGUGAACUUCAGCUGACCGGUUUUCAUCUUCAGUCCCUGUUUCAGAGUCCUCUGUGGGAGAAAGAUUAAGAGACUCUUAUCCCAUGAAUGCACAUGAACACACUCCUGUGACACUACAGACCCUUUUUGUCUUGUUAAAGCAGGAAAAUUACAGGUACACUAGUGAUAGCUGCAUUACUUAAACUGAGCCAGUUGCAGGGCUCUGACAUCGUGCAUACUUCAUCUCUGGCUGUGACUCUUAAUGGAAUGCAGCCAUCAUGAACGUGUCUGUGAUUUUCCUGCUUUGACGAGAGAAAAAUGUGUGGUGCAUAAUCAAGAUGGCUUUAAUUCAAAAGUUGCAAGUUACAAUCCAGUAAAUUAAUUAAAUAUCGGGGACUGAAUAGGAAGUUGUAGCUCGUUGUUUUCACAUCCGGUCAAAAUAUAUUUUACAUAAAAAACAUGAAAAUAUUUGAACCUUAGACUUGUGUAAAUAUUUUUUUCUAACAGUACAAAUCAAGCUCUAUUGUAGAUUUUCUAGUAUUAACUUUAUAUCUCCAGAGGUUUCUACUUCUUAAUGAGAUUUUAACGCUGAGGAAAAUAACAAUUUUACUCGUUGGUUUUACCUUAUCGUCGUUGUAGUUCUGAACCAUUUAAUGUUGUGAUAAAAUUCAACAAGAGAGCUUGAUCAAAGCAGCGUUUUUGUACAUUUUUGCAUGUGUGUAGUAUCUACACUUCAUUUUUACAAGCGAAUUAGACAGUGACAAACUAACCAGGUAUUGUCGUAAAAAUGCAAAUGAAAAGUUUUUUGCUCCCUGACCGUUUAAAAGAUACAAUAAUGAAUAUGAAUGUGUGAACAGGGAACAGGACUGAGCUUUUCUGAAACAACAAAUGUGUAUUUUCCACAGACAAAGGUUUUGUAAAAAUAAAAUCUACUCAAGAGCA